AUGCUCGAGGAUGGCGAAUUCACCGAGGACGGGACCAUCGAUUUCGGCGAGGCCGGCACACUCGACUUCAGCACCAUCGGGACCGGAUGGAUGGGUCCGAGCGCAAUUGACGGGCUCACUCACGGCGGGAUCAGCUGGCGGGUCGACGGCGGCACCGGGCCGCUGGAGGGUGCAAGCGGGAUCAUCACCUCCAACUUCACCGUCUCGGGGUCGGGCGACGUCGCCGACAACCAGUGGGGCGUCAUCUACGUCAAGGACUGA